ACUAUCAUUUUAUUGUUUUGAUUAAUCCUUCGAAAUUCUCGUUUGGAUGGGACCUGCACUGCAGUCAACUGCCUUGGAACUGUUGGUGCUUGGUGAGGAUGGCAGUCUGCGAUCUGUGUGGGAGCAGGCGGUAUUUGGGACCAUCAGGGACCUGAAGGUAUUGCCAUGGAACAAGGACGUGAGGCAUGCAACACCGCAGGUUUAUGGAAGAGACUUGCUUGCAGUUUUGUCAGAUUCAGGGCACCUGUCAUUUGUUACAUUCUGUACAGACGCUCACAGGUUCCUGGCAAUAUCUCAUGUACACCUGGCAAAUUCUGGUUUUGCAAGGCGAGAUCUUGGUUGGCUUCUGGCAGUAGAACAGAGAGGUCAGGCUAUUGCGGUUGCUGCUUUGAAGAAUCGAGUGGCUGUGUUUCCUGUGGUUCGGGCAGCGAAUAACAGCAUUAUCCGAAAGGAAGAUGGGAUCGAGUAUCCACAGCGAGAGUAUGUUUGGCGCGGAGUCCCUGUGAAAAGUCUCAAGCCGGACGUGUUGGGCUGUGUGUGGAGUCUAUCGUUUGUGGAGACGCAUAACGAACAAGAAGCGGAUUGCUCUGGGGGAGGAAGCUCUGAAGAUGAAAGAGGAUGUCUCACACUUGCAGCUGUAGUGUACAGACAAGGCGAUGCAGGUAGUAAGGUAGUCAUAUUUACAUGUGGCUUGGCCCCGAACCGACCCGGCUUUGGUCUUCAGUUGGCAGCUGUGGUGAGUUUGCCUGGCGAUGAAGUGUCAUUUUCACCACUCCAGCUAACGGGCGUGCCCGGGAUGGUGGGAGGGGUGCUUGUCGCUCGGUCUUCCGACCUUGUCCUUGUCGAUGCCUCGCAGCCCCGCAGCUCAAAGGUGGUUGCAGUUGCGGCGCUGCCAGGCGCGGCUCCUGGGAGGCGUGGUGGAAAAGGGGGUGACAAAAAUUCAAAGGAGGAGACGCUUGCUGGUUGCUCUCCUGACUUUUCACGUGCCGAUGCCUCAAAGCCACGUAGUUCGCGGAUGGCGACGGCCGCAUCGCAGGCAGGUGCAGCACCUGGAAGACGUGGUGGAAAAGCGGAUGGUGACAGCACGAAGGAGGAGGCACGCAGAUGUAAAAGCCAUGCUUUAAGAGGCGUUGCUUCUCAGGAUUCACCUCUUGAGACCAACAAUGGGCCUGCAGAGUGCGAAGGAGUCGUGGAAUCGUGGGAGGAAAUGGUAGACUCCGAGGACAAUGAUAUGGGUAGUGCGCGAAAGGCUGGGGCCAGCUGCGUGGAUGCUGUGCUCAUUUCAGCAUGGUCUUGGGAGCCGCUUCGCCAGCAAGAUGGUGAAGAAUGGGGUAAUCAUCACCAGCACGAUGAGAGUGAACAUGCACUGGAAGGCGGUUUUGAUUCAUGCAUGGAGGAUCAAGAUGCACUGCGACCCGAGAGCACUUGGCCACAUUUGUGCAUCUGCGCCGGAGGCCUUUACAUGGUCGAAAUGGCUGUAAAAAAAGGAGGUAGAGCAGGUUCGUGCGGGGAUGGGAGAACGGACGUCGUGGUGGAGGGAGAAGGAUGUUCAGACAUUGAAAUCGUUGUCAAAGACUGUGGCUAUCUUGUGGAGAACGGGUCGUCAGCCUUGCUUUGGGCGGAAAGGGACUUGAUUGUCGUCCUAGAGCACAUGGGUGAUGGGCAUGUCUUGCGUGUCCGGGGGGUAUCUGGAGGUACUAGCUUAUUGGAGGAAGCGGUGGUUCAGAAUUUAUCACCUGUUCUGGAUUUCCAGUUGAUUGAUUUCUAUGGCGAGAGACAAGACCAGAUGUUUGCAUGUUGCGGGUUUGGGAAAGAGGGCUCCCUUCGGAUGAUACGGAAUGGAUGGAGCGUUGACCGGUUGAUGACAACUCCGGCAGUUUACGAUGGAAUCGUUGGCAUGUGGUCUCUAAAGAUGAAUGCGAGGGACGAGUACCAUUCCUUCUUGGUGAUGUCCUUCGUCAAAGAUACGCGAGUCAUGAAAAUAGGGCUGAGUUUUGAGGACAACACAGACGCUGUGGGUUUUUGUCCUGGUGAGCAGACCCUGGCAUGUGGACGCAUUGAGGAUGGUUGGUUAGCUCAGGUUUGCCCCAAUGGGGUUUGCAUCUGUGCUCCUGCUGCCGAUUCCCUAGCCAUCGACUCAAACGAGGGACUGCCCAUGCCUACUGUUGUGACGUGGUCUUCACCACAAAGCGCGGGAAUUAGUAUGGGGGCUGUGGGCGGCGGUGUGGUGGUUGUCGCCAGCUCUUGUCCGCUUGGCGAGCUGAUCGUUCUUCGAGUUAUGGUAACCGCUGCUGGCUCGAGGGAACUCGUUCCGACCGAGCGUCGAAGGAUAGCGGCGGAACUCUCUUGUAUAUCAAUUCCCUGGGAGGAGAUACCAGCAUCAGCUGUGGCACCAGGUGGCGGCCCCGCUGUUCCAACGGAACUCUAUGGACCCGUCCGAUACGAUGCACGCCAGGUUUGCCUUGUUGGGACAUAUGAGCCAACAGUGGAGGUGUUAUCGCUUGAGCCGGGGAAGAACCUUCCAACCGUGGGUGUCGCGCCGUUGGUAUCGAAUGUGCCAUCCGGUGUGGGACUCGGUGGGUUUGUCCCGGAAAGCAUUCGUCUUGUGCAAUUUGACAAGUUAUAUGUUCUUGUGGGCCUUCGGAAUGGCAUGCUUCUUCACUACGAGUGGCCGUCUCCAGUUAUGCCCUCUGUUGUUGUUCAACCUGCGUCCCGGGAUGUCCCCUCCUCAACCGCUUACUUCCCCCCUGCCUACUUCUCUCGAACUGAGGCCGGCGACCAAAACCGGCCAGAUGAUGGCGGUAGUCAGUUGGCAAACAUGUGCAUGUCCGAAAGAGGGCUAGCAUCCAAUGUUUCUCUGGGAACUGGAGAAGCCUCAGAGCUCUGGUGUGAGGCAUCAGAGAAUGCAUCAUUUGGGAGAGAAGGCAUCAGACAGUCGGAGUCUGGAGGCCCGGUGGUUCUUGACGGGAAAGGAGACGAUGUGGUGCCUUCAAAGUCGGUUGUGGUGCUCCGUCUCGCUCUGAUGCGCCGUAUUGGAAUGUCACCUGUUGCACUUGUGCCCUUACGACCAAUGGUCAGGUCAGAUGUUGUGGCUCUGAAUGACAGGCCAUGGCUGUUGCAGGCGGCUCGACACAGCCAAAGAGUUUCGUACACGUCAAUUGCAUUUUGUCCAUCAACGCAUGCGGCACCUGUCAGUUUCGCUGAGUGUCCUGAGGGCCUUAUCUUUGCCGCCGAUCGAGCUCUUCAUCUGGUGGCAGUCGGUCAGACGAAGCACAUGUAUGCGCAGAAGCUGAUGCUCGGCGACACCCCUUGGCGACUCGUUUAUCACCCACCAUCAAGGCUAUUGCUUGUCAUCUGCUCCUGUGGCAAGGGUAAUUCUCGUACUCAGCAGUUUGAGAUCCGAGGCAUCGAUCCAGCCAGCGGGUCAGUUCUAUGCUCCUUCCAGCUGAAGAAAGGAGAGAGGGCGCUGUGCAUGCAGCUUUGGACUCCCAGUCCGGAAACCGUUCUUGUAGCUGUUGGAACGGUCAAGGAGUCUUCUCUUGAAAUCGAGCCGAGUAAUGAGAAGUCAAGGGAAAGACUCAUCCUACUGCGUCUAGAUCCAAGGCGAAGAUCGGUUGGGAGCUCCCCCCUGAGCCUGAGUGCUCUUUCGCGGUCACUUCCUGCAUCAUCCAUCAUUCCCUGUCCCGAUCCCCUCGAUACUCGUGCCCCAACCCCCUCAUCAUCGUCUGCUACCCCUUCCCUAUCAUCGUUAACUGCAGGCGGAACAACUGCCUAUGUGCAUGGUCAGGAGGGAGAACCCAUGCAUGUCAGUGAGCCGAGCUCACCAAUGGGGGAAGAAAAUUCACUGCAUGCUUCCAGAGAAGCUGGAUACAGAUCGAAUGAGGGAAUGGCCAGCACGGAUGGCGUUGAGAUUGGGAGUGAGGAUGUAUCUUGUGCAGCCUCAGAUGUUGGAUGGGAGAUGAUAGUGCACAGCGAGAUUAUGUUGAGUGGACCAGUGCUCUGUGUCUGUCCGUACCUGGGCAAGUACCUACUCGCAUCUGCAGGGAAUAAGUUGUUUUGCGUGCAAUUCAAAGACGACUGGCACCAGCGUCCGAAGUGGCUUGCGGUAACAAGCACGCGAUUCACAAUCGUCUCCAUUUCGACGCACUUGACGCACAUAGCAGUUGGCGACUGCAGAGAUGGAAUCUCAUACUUUGCCUUCAGAGAGGAAUCGCGGGAGUUUGAGCUCCUGUACUCUGACCCUGUACAACGCUUGACUGCAAGUUGUGUAAUGAUUGACACUGAGAGGGUGGCAGUUUUGGAUAAGAAAGGGCAUUUCUCCUGCUUAUCGAGUGCACACCGGGCGCCAGAUGACGCUGCAGCAGCAACGAAGAAGAAGGUCGAGGAUGCCGAGCAGGCAUCUCUGCUGGCACUUGAACAACAGCGCCAGCAUGAUGAGGCAGCAGCAAGGGCUGCCGAUGAAGAAAGGAACCAGCGUCGAGAGAAGAUAUUUAUCGGAGAGCGGGCGUUACUGACAAUGGCAGCGGAAUGGCGAACCGAAGCGGAGGAUGGCAUGUUGGAGGAUAGCGCAAACAAGAUUGCGCUCCUCCUCUCGCACCUCACAGAUCUCCUCGCAACCUGCAUUACACAGCAGGCGGAGAUCCUCGGUCUCGACACCUCGCUAGCUCACGACCAAGACCGCCUUCAGCGGUUGGAGCAGCAACCAGUCGCCGCCGCCGACGCAAGCUCUUCCAACACUGCCGACCGCCUCAAUGCAUUGGAGAUGGACGUCGGCUCACUCAAGGAUGGCGUGCAAUUACAGCAGACCGCGAUGCAACAGUUGCAACAGCGGAUCUGCACUACCGCCACCACCUCGAGUUCAGAACCGCGCGAGACAACUCCAAAGUUCGACAGGCAGGAGAUCUUCUGCGACUCAAUGAAGACAGAUCCGAUUCCAUGGUUUCGCAAGUUCGAGCUCACACUGCAGCUCCACAACGUCAAGGAACUCAAGCACCACGCAUACUUGUACCCUCGCUUAGGGGGCGCGUGUCAGGCUUGGUUGGACAACCUGUUGUCCAAGUACGGAGUGCCGAACGACCGCUACAAGACCGCGUUCAAGACGCGUUACGGGCAUUUCGAGUGGGUGGUCAUGCCUUUUGGCCUCACCAACGCCCCGGCGACCUUUCAGGCGGCAAUGACCAAUGAAUUUCAAGCAAUGUUGGACCGGUUCGUGCUGGUCUACUUAGACGAUAUGCUCGUCUAUAGCCGGUCAUUGGAGGAUCAUCUUGGGCAUCUUCGACGAGUGUUGGAGACGCUCCGCCGCGCCAAGUAUAAGGCCAACCGCGACAAGUGUGAAUUUGUCCGGCAGGAGCUGGAAUACUUGGGCCAUUUCGUCACACCGGAGGGCAUCAGUCCGCUAUCGGACAAGAUUCAGGCCGUCCAAGAGUGGCCGGAGCCUCGGAACGUCAUCGAUGUCCGCUCGUUCCUCGGUCCCGCCGACUACUAUCAGCGCUUCAUCAAAGGCUACUCGAAGAUCGUGGCCCACUUGAACAAGCUUCAAUGCGAGGAUCGGCCGUUUGACUUCGGAGAGGAGUCGCGAGGAUCAUUCUUCGCUUUCAAAGCCGCGCUAUUGUCUGCGGAGGUCUUGCGGAUAUACGACCCGCUCUUGCCUACGCGCGUCACUACGGAUGCGUCAGGCUACGGCAUUGGUGCAGUCCUCGAGCAACAUGACGGUGUGGACUGGCACCUGGUCGAAUACUUCAGCAAGACAGUGCCCAUCGUGCAUUCCAUUGAUGAUGCACGGAAGGAGCUCCUCGCCUCCGUCCACGCGCUCAAGCGGUGGCGGCACUUCCUCCAUGGUCGAAGCCAAUUUCGCUGGGUAACGGACAACAAUCCGUUGGUCUUUUACAAGACCCAAGACACCGUUUAUAGCACCAUCGCUCGAUGGAUGGCUUUCAUCGACCAGUUCGACUUCUUUCCCGAUCACAUUCUCGGGAAGUCGAACCGUUUUGCGGAUGCUCUUUCACGGAUUCCGGAUCAUUGUACCGCGGUCUACUCAACCUUCGAGAUCGACGAUGACCUGUGGAACAGUUUCAUCCGCGGCUACCAAGCCGACCCCGAGUUUCGCGACAAGUACGCGAAUUGCUCCUCUCCUAAUCCGGCUCCUUCUCACUACCGGAUCCAAGAGGGGUACUUGCUUGUCCACACGCGGGGGAAGGACCUUCUCUUACUAAGUGAUCCUCACUUGCGUACACGGCUUCUUGGCGAGUUCCACGAUGCUCCCGGCACCGGACACUUUGGAGUCAAUCGCACGAUUGGCCGACUUCGCCAGCGAUUUUGGUGGCCCGGCCUUCUCGGCGACGUCACGCGCUAUUGCGAAACCCUCGAGAUUCCUGCUGGAGGACACUGUACAAAAACUGGUCCGCGGCUCAAGAUUCCACAGGCACAGUCAACACAAUACAAGCAUGGUACGUCAACAGAAAGUACCCAUCCAGAGCACAAUCUUGACAUUGGGUGCCUUUUCUACCUUGGCGAAGUUGCUCUUCAACUAAGAAGGGGGUGUCUGGCGUAUAAGACACCAGCAGUGGAUGGAGAAGGACAAAACAUAAUUCGUGAUCGACAAAUACAGGGCUUGCCUCAGAUCGACCCACAUGCAGAGUCCUUGGUAGCAGCCACACUCCUUGGUGGUGUUAUUGUGUUCCUUCGUCUGACGAGGGAGGAGUAUGAAUUGCUGGAAGCUCUUCAGCACAGGCUUUCGCUGUACCCGGUCACUGCCCCUGUCUUGGGGAAUGAUCUCAGCCGCUAUCGAUAUCCUGGCUCUAAGCCGCACACGAUCGGAAACGUUUUGGACGGCGAGAUGCUGAUGCAGUUCCUGGAGCUUAAUUACAGUCAACAAGCACAGAUUUUGAAAGGAAGGCCAGACCACCCCGCCAGCCACGCUACCCACGAAGAUGAUCGCUGUGUUUGCAACUUGAUGUCCGAGGACCUGUCGGGGGAGCAAGUCCUGCAGCUUCUCGAGCGAGUGCAUAACAGUUUGGUGUGAUCGCAGCAGCAAUAGGGCGUCGUGCUGGUAAUCAACGUCCGAGGAUGUGUCCGGGGAGAGCAGGUUCUGCAGCUUCUCAAGCGGCAAGUGCAUAACUGUUUGGUGUGCUGGUAAUCAACGUCCGAGGAUGUGUCCGGUGAGCAAGUUCCGCAUCUUCUCAAGCACAAGUGCAUAACAGUUUGGUGUGACGACAGUAGUAGUGAUUGAGCGUCGCAUCGGAGAAGGAAUGCUCCUGACCACAUUCAUCUUGUCGGCGGUCGGUCUCGGUAGUCGGUCUUGCAGGCAUCUUCACCGUCACAAAAUUUCCAGAGGAAGAAGCAGCAAGUUCACAAGGGGAAGGCAGGACGGGACAAGCAGGUCGCAUUGCAGUUUUGCACUGGCUGCAUGGGAAGGAAAGGUCUGCAAAGGAUUGCAAUGCCAAGACGAAACAGGAGGGUUGUAUCUUUUGCGGAAAAUUAGGGAAAGAAUUGUAUGCUGCCAAGGCACGCUGUCGCUGGCUGCAGAACUGUUGUAGACUGUAACACGGUCGCUGGCUGCAGAACCGUCGUAGACUGUAUAACACAAUCGCUGGCGUUUGCACAAUUGCUAGCUGUUGCAGAGUCGUCGCUGGUGGCAGCAGCACAAUCGCGGACGACGAGAACGAUCACUGGUGUUUGCACAAUUGCUAGCUGUUGCAAAGUCGUCUGCUGGUGGCAGCAGCACGAUCACGGACCAUGACAACGAUCACUGGGCAGUAGCCCGACCGCGGGAUUUCAGGGCGAGAUCGCUGGCUGCAGGAAAAUCACAGACGGCAGGACGAUCGCUGGUCGCCGGGAAAAGAGUAGGAAAGCAAAAGAGAACGAUUGCAGUGCGUGCAGCGGUAAUCGUCCCAGCGAAUUGCGAUCGUCAAGGUACUGGAUCCGUUACCUGUGCCAUUGUCGCCGCGCUUCAUUGUCGUUUUUUUUUUCCUGGAUGAAUGGACGUCUAUUCUGUGCAACAUUUCAGAUGCCACAUAUAUCACAUAAAUUGUGUCUUCGCAUGUUGGAUUGUUAAACAUAUAUAGGUUGGUGCACCCUGUCUGGUCGUCCCGUGAUAGGUAUUUGAGGAAAAGACCUUUUGAGGUGCGUCUGCAGCCGUGGCUGUAACUAGAAUGGCGGUCGCAGAGAUUCUGCAAUGUCUAAAGAGUAGAAGCGGCGGUUGUUCGGUGGAAAAGGAACCAGACGGACGCCCCCCAGAAUGGAUAUGGAGCCAGGACCGUAAGACCCUGUAUAAAAAUUGAAAAAAGAAAAAAAAAGAAAAAAAAGAAAAGGCGGUUGUUUGUACAAAACACUUGUCAAUGUUUUCUGUCAUUUGCGGCAAAAGCUUGCCUUUGCGUCGAUUCCAGUGAAUACAUUUUUUUGUUGACGAAGCUUUUGGAAUUCGUCUGGGGAGAGGAGGAACUUGCUAGGCGGCCUUUGUGUGUGCGCAGCACUGUGUGCUGAUUAUGUGACCGCACCGUGUGUGGCACGGACGAGUUGUAAAUGCAAUGAGAGCUUGAGGGCAUACUCACACUAGGACCUCUUUUAACUUCUUCUGGAUGCAAUUACGGUCGCAUGUGUCCAGGUCCAGCCGUAAAUGCGGUCAGAUACGCUUAAGAAAGGGCUAGUGUGAGUACGCCCUGAGAGGUCGAGUGCUUGUGCAAUGGGCAAGUCAUGAGUGCAGAGAGAGCUUGAGAGGUAAAAGUGACAUCUCCCACGGAAGAGGGAAGAGUGUGCGCACUUGUCUGAGGCGUGCGUAUUGACUCAAAGACUGGUAGUUGAGGUGCAACUGAAUGGAUCCAACCGUUUGUGAGACUAGGUGCAAAAUUGCAAAUGAAUGAAUUUUUAACCAUUUG